UGUCUGCCCGUUCUGACCUGUGGGCAGCCCUGAGGAAACAGCUGCGUGAAUUCACCCUCAACACCCAGCAACAGCUAGAGCAGGAGAGGGCGCGGCUGCUCAGUGAGAACCAGGUCCUACAGCAGCAGUUGAGAGAGAGUCAGGAGUACAUUGACAGCCAUCUUGUCAGGUGA